GACAACUCGCUCGUGGACAUCGCUACGUAGUUGCCAAUGUGCACCACCCAUGGACAUGCGCUAGCUUACGGGCCGGAAUAAUGGUACCCAAAAACUCUUAUGGGCCUGGCCGCUCUCAGGCUUCUCUCUGCCGCUACCUAGAUUUUAUGCGAACUAACAAUUGCAACUUAUACAUAUAAAUAAUUAUAGGAAAACCAAAACUAAAACUUAAACAGAGAAACAACAUAGAAGAGAGAUUUUAGAAAAAAAACAGAUGCAAACUGAGCACUAUUUUUACCAUGGACUAUAUUGAUACAAACUAUAGGUUAAUAUGUGCAGUUCGUGAAGGAAACCUAGAAAGAGCAAGGGAGUUACUUACUUAUUAUGGACUAUCUUAUUCACAAGCAUGGAAAGAAGGAUAUGUUUUACUUUGUGAUGCUAUUGAGAAAAGGCAUACAGAAGUUAUUAAACUCCUUUUAACAAAUGGUUCUAAAGUUAACAGCAACACUGACAAAUCUCAUGAUACACCACUUCAUUUUGCUGUUAUAAAUGGUGACAUAGAAAUUGUUAAGAUGCUUCUAGACAGAAGUGCUAACAUUAAUGCUGAAAAUCAGUUUGGCAGAACUCCGCUUCACGAUGCAAUUGAAAAUAAGGAAAUAGAAAUUGCUGAAUUACUUUUAAAUCAUGGAGCUAACAUUAAUGCUAGAGAUAAGUCAGGUAUUUCACCACUGUGUCUUGCUGUUCAAAAAGGAUAUGUAGAUGGUGUUAAGAUGCUCAUGGACAGAGGUGCUAACGUUAAUGAUGAAACUCGGUAUGGCAUAACUCCGCUUCAUGAUGCGAUUGAAUAUCAGGAAAUGAAAAUAGCUGAAUUACUAUUAAAUCAUGGAGCUAAUGUUAAUGCCAGUGAUGAGUCAGAUGUUACACCACUGCGUCUUGCUGUUCAACAAGGACAUGUAGAUGGUGUUAAGAUGCUCAUGGACAGAGGUGCUAACGUUAAUGCUGAAACUCGGUAUGGCAUAACUCCGCUUUAUGAUGCGAUUGAAUAUGAGGAAAUAGAAAUUGCUGAAAUACUUUUAAAUCAUGGAGCUAACGUUAAUGCCAGUGAUAAGUCAGAUGCUACACCACUGUGUUUUGCUGUUAAACAAGGACAUGUAGAUAGUGUGAAGAUGCUCAUGGACAGAGGUGCUAACGUUAAUGCUGAAACUCGGUAUGGCAUAACUCCACUUUAUGAUGCGAUUGAAUAUAAGGAAAUGAAAAUUGCUGAAUUACUAUUAAAUCAUGGAGCUAACGUUAAUGCCAGUGAUGAGUCAGGUGUUACACCACUGUGUCUCGCUGUUCAACAAGGACAUGUAGAUGGUGUAAAGAUGCUUAUGGACAGAGGUGCUAACGUUAAUGCUGAAACUCGGGAUGGCACAUCUCCGCUUCACGAUGCGAUUCAAUAUGAUGAAAUAGAAAUUGCUGAAUUACUAUUAAAUCAUGGAGCUAACGUUAAUUCCAGUGAUGAGUCAGGUGUUACACCACUGUGUCUCGCUGUUCAAAAAGAACGUGUAAGUGAUGUUCAGAUGCUUUUGGACAGAGGUGCUAACGUUAAUGCUGAAACUCGGGAUGGCACAACUCCGCUUCACUAUGCGAUUGGAUAUGAGGAAAUAGAAAUUGCUGAAUUACUUUUAAAUUAUGGAGCUACCGUUACUGCCAGUGAUAAGUCAGAUGUUACACCACUGUGUUCCGCUGUUCAACAAGGACACGUAGAUGGUGUGGAGAUGCUCAUGGACAGAGGUGCUAACGUUAAUGCUGAAUCUCGGUAUGGCAUAACUCCGCUUUAUGAUGCGAUUGAAUAUAAGGAAAUGGAAAUUGCUGAAUUACUAUUAAAUCAUGGAGCUAACGUUAAUGCCAGUGAUGAGUCAGGUGUUACACCACUGUGUCUCGCUGUUCAAAAAGGACGUGUAAGUGGUGUUCAGAUGCUUUUGGACAGAGGUGCUAACGUUAAUGCUGAAACUCGGGAUGGCACAACUCCGCUUCACUAUGCGAUUGAAUAUGAGAAAAUGGAAAUUGCUGAUUUACUUUUAAAUCAUGGAGCUAACCUUAAUGCCAGUGAUAAGUCAGGUGUUACACCACUGCUCCUUGCUGUUAAAAACGGACAUGAAAAAUUUGUCGGCACGAUUUGUUGUGACAGACGUGCUAACGUUAAUGCUAAAACUCGAUAUAGCACAACUUUGUUUCCUAAUGCUAUUGAAAAUAGGGAAGUGAAAAUUGCUGAAUUACUUUUAAAUCAUGGAGCUAACGUUAACGCCAACGGUGUUACAUUACUGUGGUUUGCUAUUCACAGAGGACAUGUAGAUGGUGUUAAAAUGCUCAUGGAUAGAGGUGCUAACGUUAAUGCUGAAUCUCGGUAUGGCAUAACUCCGCUUCAUGAUGCGAUUAAAUAUGAGGAAAUGGAAAUUGCCGAAUUACUAUUAAAUCAUGGAGCUAACGUUAAUGCCAGUGAUGAGUUAGGUGUUACACCACUGUGUCUCGCUGUUCAACAAGGACAUGUAGAUGGUGUUAAGAUGCUCGUGGAUAGAGGUGCUAACGUUAAUGCUAAAACUCGGGAUGGCACAACUCCGCUUCAUGAUGCGAUUAAAUAUGAGAAAUUAGAAAUUGCUGAAUUACUUUUAAAUCAUGGAGCUAACGUUAAUGCCAAUGAUGGGUCAGGUGUUACACUACUGUGUUUUGCUGUUCAAAGAGGACAUGUAAGUGGUGUGCAGAUGCUUUUGGACAGAGGUGCUAACGUUAAUGCUGAAACUCGGGACGGCACAACACCGCUUCAUGAUGCGAUUAAAUAUGAGGAAAUGGAGAUUGCCGAAUUACUAUUAAAUAAUGGAGCUAACGUUAAUGCCAGUGAUAAGUCAGAUAUUUCACCACUGUGUCUUGCUGUUCAAAAAGGACAUGUAAAUGGAGUUAAGAUGUUUCUUGACAGAAGUGCUAACGUUAAUGCUGAAACUCGGCGGUCUAGCACAACUCCGCUUCACUAUGCGAUUGAAUAUGAGAAAAUGCAAAUUGCUGAAUUACUUUUAAAUCAUGGAGCUAACGUUAAUGCCAAUGAUAAGUCAGGUGUUACACCACUGUGUCUCGCUGUUCAACAAGGACAUGUAGAUGGUGUUAAGAUGCUCAUGGACAGAGGUGCUAACGUUAAUGCUAAAACUCGGGAUGGCACAACUGUGCUUCACGCUGCGAUGAAAAAUAAGGAAAUAGAAAUUAUUGAAUUACUUUUAAAUCAUGGAGCUAACGUUAAUGCCAGUGAUAAGUUAGGCGUUACACCACUACAUGUUGCUAUUCAAAGAGGACAUGUAGAUGGUGUUAAGAUGCUGUUGGACAGAGGUGCUAACGUUAAUGCUGAAAAUCUGGAUGGCUCAUCUCCGCUUCACAAUGCGAUUGUACAUAAGAAAAUGGAAAUUGCUGAAUUACUUUUAAAUCAUGGAGCUAACGUCAAUGCCAGUAAUUUUGCAGGUAUUACACCACUGCGUCUUGCUGUUCAACAAGGACAUGUAGAUGGUGUUAAGAUGCUCAUGGACAGAGGUGCUAACGUUAAUGCUGAAACUCGGGAUGGCACAACUCCGCUUCACUAUGCGAUUGAAUAUGAGAAAAUGGAAAUUGCUGAAUUACUUUUAAAUCAUGGAGCUAACGUCAAUGCCAGUAAUUUUGCAGGUUUUACUCCACUGUGUUUUGCUGUUAUCACAAGUCAUGUAGAAGUUGUUGCGAUGUUGUUAGACAGAGGUGCUAACAUUAAUGGUAUAUUAUAUGACGAUUAUUUUGACUUUUCUAGACGCGUCGAUUGUGAAGAAAUUGCUUAUCUUCUUCAACAGCAUGUAGUUAAAAUAAAUGCUGCAAAUUUAUCCGUAAGUGAACAAUUAAUUUUAGUGAGCAGCAAUUAUGAAAUAAGGGUUUUACAGGAUAAAUGUGAAAACGAAGUAGCAAUCAUGAAGAAUGAGAAAAUUAGUAAUACUGAUAUAUCAUUUUACGAUAUCUUGAUAAAAGAUACAAAUCUAGUAGCAAUAUACAUGAGAAAUGAAAAUGUAGUGCAGGUUUUAAGAUCAGACGAGUAUAAAACAAAAUUUCCGAUAUACUCUAACAUGAUAAAAAAUCAGUUCAGAAUAGGUAUGAAAAAGAAAGAGUUGUUCGAACAAGGCACUAAAAUUUUCUAUUUUUUCUGUAACUUUCCUGAGCUACCUUUUGAUUGUAUUGAACAAAUAUUUAGUUACCUAAGUGAUAAUGACAUAAGAAUUUUAAUAGAUACUUGUAAGUCUGUUAGUGUCAGUAAUCUUAAUACUGAUAUUAAUGAUGAAAUUACUUUAAAUACAUCUAAAGUGCUAUGUGUGUAAGUUAAGGAAGAACGAACUUUAAACUACUUUAAACAUGAAAUAACAGCUAUAAAAACUUAAAGAUUAUUGCUGUAUUUUAAAUACAGAUUACUAUCUUAUUUUCAAAUUUUUGUUUGAGAUUUAUCUUAUCCUACUUUUUUGAAAAUUGUUUUUUACGUUUACAUUCUCUUGGACGUGUUUUUUUUAUGGUGGAUCCAAGGAAAACUAGACUGUUUUAUAUCUUCCACUUUUUCAAACUUUGUGUCAGAUUUUAUAACAUUUGUAUAACGCAAAAUUUAUAUACAUUAAUCCGAUGAUACUUUUUUAUUGAACAGAGUGGGUGUGUUUAGACAACGGUUGAGAGAUUAUCACUUAUGAUAGGACUAUUCUUCAAAAUCUGCUUUGGUUCCAAAA